AUGACAUCCACUCGCUCCGACAAAAAAGCCACAAACGACACCCUCCCGCCGCUGUCCUCGGCUCCUCCGCAGUCGACGACGACGAAGCGGUAUCACCGCUGCGGCUGCUACCGCCACGACUGCGGGUUGCCAGAGUACAAACUCCUCGCGAUGCCGCGGACGAACAAUUUUUAUGCCGCUGUGGGCGGCUGCCCUUGCAUCCCGCGCACACCCGCUCAUCCAGGGAGUUGGCGGCUGAAAGCAGCGCAGCUGCGGUCCGCCACCCACGGCGGCGGAAGCUGCAUCUGCAAGAAUCCCUCGGCCGCCUCGAACAUCCGCUGCUGCUUUCAUUCCGGCGCCGCGUAUGGCUGGAAGCCGGGGCCGCACCCCGUGCACGCGAAAAACACCGCCGCCUGUGGGAAGUGCGAUACGUUCGGCAACCUCGCAUUCAAAUCCAAACGCCUCGCACGGCUCGCUGGCUGUGAGGAAGACGGGAGUGAUCUCAGCAGCGUCUCGCCGCAGAAGUUGGAAGAUUUGGAGACGUUGGUGCUCGAGGAGCACGGCGCGCGGGUUCUGGUGGAGAGCGAUAUCAAAAAGCUCCGUGAGAUGCAAGAGUCGGGUUCGCAAAAGACCUACAUGCAGGCGCUCGCGGAUGAAGAACGUCGUCGUCGUCUCGCGGAGGCGACGGAAGGGCAGUUAAAUGAGUUACUGAAUGAUAUCCGUGGAAUUGUGGAGCGACCGCUUAACCAGACGAAUAUGGAUAUCCUCCACCGUAUUAUCGCACGACAAGAGCAGGCGCAGCGAAAUCGGGAUUAUAUUGCAUCGCAAAGCUGA